AUGCUGUGCCAGGGAGAUGCUAUGCUAUGCCAGGGAGAUGCUAUGCUGUACGGCAUCAAGCCCCCGCGUGGGAUAUUAUUGCACGGGCCGCCCGGCACGGGUAAGACGUCGCUGGCUCGGGCAGUGGCGGCGGAGGCUGGGGCGGCGUUGUUUGUCAUUAAUGGGCCGGAGCUUGUGAGCGAGUUCUUUGGGGAAAGCGAGGAGGCUCUUAACGAGGUGUUUUCUGCCGCCCAGGAGGCUGCGCCUUCCAUUGUGUUCAUAGACGAGCUAGACGCCAUAGCCCCAGCGAGAACCCGGGAUGCAGAGGACCUCUCUCACCGCAUGGUGGCGGCUCUUCUCACCAUCCUUGAUGGCACCUCCUCAAGUGGUGGAGAUGGGGGGGGAGGACAAGGCGAGGGAAGAGGGGGCGGAAGAGGAGAAGGGGAAGAAGGGGUGGGAGGGAAGGGAAGGAAGGCGGUGGCGUUGGGGAGAGGGGUGGUGGUGAUUGGGGCGACCAACCGGGUGAAUGCGAUUGACCCAGCACUUAGGCGGCCUGGGAGGUUCGACCGAGAGGUGGAGAUUGGUGUUCCCACCCCUUCCGACCGCCUCGCAAUCCUCAACACCCAACUAUCCCGCAUGGCACACGCGCUGCCGGCCGAGGCCGUCCACGUCAUCGCCAGCUCAGCAACGCACGGAUUCGUGGGCGCUGACAUCAGCGCGCUGUGCUCUGAAGCUGCCGUGGCAGCCCUGAGACGAAUCGUGGGGGAGAAAGAGAAGCAGGGAGGGGCGAGACGUGGGGAGGAAAGCAGGGAUAGGGGCCAUGAAUGUUCUACCAAUGGUGGUGGUGCUGACGGUGCUGACAGUGCUGACAGUGCUGGGGAUGCAGAAGGCCCCUGUGGAGUGCGCCUGGCAGUGUGCGAGGAGGACUUUGAAGUGGCCAGGCGACGCAUUCGUCCCAGCGCUCUCAGAGAGGUGCGAGUGGCAGGGGAGGGAGGGGAGGUGGCAGUGGAGGUGCCAACAGUGCGGUGGACAGACAUUGGAGGGCUGGGAGGGAUCAAGCAAAGGUUGAAGGAGGCGGUGGAGUGGCCGUACACGCGCGCACAUGAGAUGAGAGCCAUUGGUGCCACCCCCCCACGUGGGCUGCUGCUCUACGGACCCCCGGGCUGCAGCAAGACGCUCUUAGCUAAGGCAGUGGCAACAGAAGCUAGGCUCAACUUUCUUGCAGUCAAGGGUCCUGAGCUGCUGUCCAAGUGGGUGGGCGAGUCCGAACGAGCCGUCCGAACCUUGUUCUCCCGAGCCAAGGCAGCAGCUCCGGCGAUUGUGUUCUUUGAUGAGAUAGAUGGUCUGGCAGUGGCACGCAGUAAAGCAGGGGGGGGGAGCAUCGGGAGGCGUGGGGGACAGAGUGAUGACUCAGCUGUUGCUGGAGAUGGAUGCGCUGGAGGUGAGCUGGCAGUGGAUGGGGAUGAGCUGGCAGUUGGUGGGGAUGAGCUGGCAGUGGGUGGGGAUGAGCUGGCAGUGGAUGGGGAUGAGCUGGCAGUGGGUGGGGAUGAGCUGGCAGUGGGUGGGGAUGAGCUGGCAGUGGAUGGGGAUGAGCUGGCAGUGGAUGGGGAUGAGCUGGCAGUAGAUGGGGGUGAGCUGGCAGUGGAUGGGGAUGAGCUGGCAAGGGCUGGGGAUGCUUACUGA